AUGUUGUUCUCCCGCGGUGGUAGCCACUCCCGCGUGGCCGCUUUGGCCCUCGCGUUUCUAGCUGCCGUAGGUGGUGUUUCAGCCUCGCCGAGCAGCAGCAGCAGCAGUAGUAGCAGCAGCAGCAGCAGCGACAGCAGCGACAGCAACAGCAAAGGCUCGGACGUGUACGACUACAUUGUCGUAGGCUCAGGGCCGGGCGGCGGUAUCGUGGCCAGCAACCUUGCGCUAGCCGGGCACACGGUACUGCUGAUCGAGGCCGGGCGCGACGCCAGCGACGAUGUCUCGACCUACGUCGACACUCUGUACUACCCCCAGACCCUCGACCUGCAGUGGUCCUUCUUCGUCAAGCACCACUCGGACCCAGCCGUCGACGAGCGCUUCCGCCUGCUGGUCUGGACCCUGACCGACGGCACGUACUGGAUCGGCGCCAAGGGCCAGCAGCCGGCCGGUGCCAAGCUCAAUGGCGUGUGGUACCCCCGUGGCGCCACGCUCGGCGGCAGUGCCAUUGUCAAUGCCAUGGCGUCUGUGCUGCCCAACGACGCCGUGUGGGACAAUAUUGCCAGCUACGCGGGUGAUUCGUCCUGGUCGUCUACCAACAUGAGGAAGGUGUUUGUCGAGAUCGAGAAGAACCUCUAUCUGCGACCGACCGAGUCCAAGGCCGGCCACGGCUUCAAGGGCUACGUGCAGCUAGGCCAAGGCGACUCGUCCUUCUACCUGCAGCAGCCGGGGCGUCUGGCUCUGCUGGCGCACCUGGCCCAGGACCUUGUCGGACACCCCGUGAACCAGGCUGCCGCGCUCAACUACCUCGAGCGCGACUGCAACUUCCUCGGGGCGUCGCGGGACAAGACGGCCGAGCCGUACGGGCUGCCCAACCACAACAACAACUUUGGCCGCCGCUGGUCGCCGCGGGACCUCGUCAAGUCGACCGUCGCCCAGACGCCCAAGCUGACGCUGGCCCUCGAGUCGCUGGCCACCAAGAUCCUCUUCGACAAGUCGGGCAAGACGCCCAAGGCGACCGGCGUCGAGUACCUGCGGGGCGCGCAGGUCUACGGCGCGUCGUGGCAGUACAACAAGGCCAAGGCACCCAAGGGCACCAAGAAGACGGCCACGGCGCGCAAGGAGGUCAUUAUCAGCGGCGGCACCUUCAACUCGCCUCAACUGCUACAGCUCAGCGGCAUCGGCAACGCGACCCUGCUCAAGUCGCUCAAGAUCCCCGUCAUCUCGGACCUGCCGGGCGUCGGCGAGAAUCUGAGAGAUAACCAAGAGAUCCCCAUCGCCGGGCUUAGCCCCCUCAACAUCACCGGCGGCGACCCGGCCUUGGCCGCGUGCUCGUUUGGCGCCCCCGGCGACCCGUGUCUGGCCGAGUUCAACAACAACGGCACCGGCCCGUACACGGACCCCCCCGGAAACAGCGAGUGCUCCUUCAUCAAGACCAAGCACAGCCCCGACGGCAACCGCGACAUCAUCACCUUUGCCCCGCCCGGCGUCUUCCGCGGCUUCUCGCCACCAGCCACCAACAACCCAUUCGUCGACCCGCCGCAGACACUGUGGCGCAGCCUGGCGCGCAUGACGGUGCAGAACACGGCCGGCUACGUGCGCAUCACGUCGACGGACCCGACCGUGGCGCCCGACAUCAACAUCCUGCAGUACGAGUCUGGCAACGGCGCCGGCGACAUCGACCUCGAGGCCAUGGUCGACGGCAUCGCGUGGGUGCGGCGCAACUUCCUGUCGCUGCCGGCGCCGUACGGGCCCGUGGUGCCGACGGACCCGCCGUGCAACGCGGGUUUGACCGCCAACGGCUACUGUCGCGACCCCGCCGAGGACCGCAAGUUCGUGUACGAGCAGACGUUCGGCCACCACCCCGUCGGCACGUGCCGCAUGGGCAAGAAGGGCGACCGCACGGCGGUUGUCGACAGCAAGUUCCGCGUGUUUGGCGUUAGUGGCCUGCGCGUGGUCGAUGCCAGCAUCUACCCCGUCAGCCCCGGCGGGUUUCCGGUCCUGCCGACGUUCAUGGUCGGCCAGAAGGGCAGCGAGGCCAUCCUGGCGGAUGCGUAA